AUGGAGGUGAGAGGCCACCUUACAGGGGAAGAGUUCAAAGACCUGUGCACGUUCUCCUUAAAGAAGUUAGGGGUAAACAAUAUCUGUGUCCAUUUUAACAACCCUAAAGUGCAGGCAUCUCUGGCAGCAAACACCUUCACCAUUACGGGCCACACCGAGACAAAGCAGCUGACAGAAAUGCUUCCCCGCCUCCUAAACCAGCUUGGUACAGACAGGAUGACUAGUGUAAGGAGACUGGCUGAAGCUCUGCCCAAACAAUCUGUGGAUGGGAAAGCACCACUUGCUACUGCAGAGGAUGAUGAGGAUGAGGUUCCAGAUCUGGUGGAGAAUUUUGAUGAGGCUUCUAGGAACGAGGCAAACUGA